UGGGCUCAGUGUGGUAUCCAACCCUCCUAAAGGCUGAGAUCCUUUCUGAUUCAUGGAUUUUGCAAAUCCCUKGAAAGUGUAUGUGGUCCUGAGACACAGAAAUGAGGAUAUUAUCACCACUAUCAUCUCAUUUUUGCAAGGAAGAAUGCCAUAGUGAGAUUUUAAAACAUGAUGCGUGAAUAYAUCUCAGGCAUGGAUGCUCUAAAAUCAUCCAAUUCUCUCUUUUUGCUGGUUAUAUCAYGACUGGAAAUCAGCCUGGCCAUGUUCUUGUGUUUAAAACAAGGAAAUUUUCUGUAUUCAACCCUUCCACAGAAUGUCAGCAGCAGUAGCAACAUGCAAUGAAUUUAAAAAAAUACAAACCUCUGUUAGGAUUUUUUUUCCCAAGUGUUAAAAAGAGCACAGCAAAAAGUAUGAUGUACAACAUCCUGGCUGCUGAACCUAAAAUGAUAUAUUUCAAAUAAAUAUUUUUAAGGAAAAGUAAACACAACAACUUCUCAUAUAGAGAAGAAGCUCUUCCCUGUUUCUUCCACUAUAUUUGUGAAACAAAAUGUAGGGCCCCUUGUUUUGGAAAGGGAAAGGAAAAGCUACCCUAACCCUAAUCAUUUCCCUGCAGAGACUGAAAAGCAGUUUCUAGAUUUAUUUUAUACAGUGAGCAGAGGGAAGAGGAAUAAUAAGAGCAAAAGUAAAAAGUAUGAAAAACCUUUGGAAAAGACAAAGUUUCAAACAUGGAUGGAGGCAGAAACAGGUUUUAAUUAUACCAUUGUUAGAAAAAAACUGCAGAAAGACUCAUCAGGUUGCAAUUCAUCUUAGUCUUGUCUAUCACCAUUUGUUACCAGGCUCAAAAAUGAAGUGAAUAUGAGAAGCUUUUUGCAUAAAAGUUGUAAAAUAUUGUCACCAGCCCACCCCCACACACCCAUUUUAUUUCACCCUGACAAAAGCUGAGAUGAAUGAGUUGUUGUCUGGCCCUUCCCACUUUGUAUAGUCAUUGGCUGGCUUGGUUCUAAAAAGGAUUUUAAAAAGGGGAAUAAUGUGCCUUUGCCUGGGAUCUGAGGCUGUCAGGGUGCUGAAAAGCUGAGCUGUGAGCUGCCACCAUGCAGAUCUCCUGGGCUGUGUGCACCGUCUGCAUCGUGGCACAAAUCGCCUUCCAGUCGGCAAAAGGGUGGCAAGUGUUUAAAAAUGAUGCCACAGAAAUCAUCCCUGAGAUCACUGAGAACACAGAAACGCCCGUGGAGCAAACUUUCAGCGACAACAACACAAUGAACCAGGCGAAACAUGGAGGAAGACACAUACAACAAGCUCCGGAGCCUAACGACGCGGCCGAUUUCAGCUGCCGGGAGCUGCGCAUCACCCGCUAUGUGACCGAGGGGCCGUGCCGCAGCCUGAAGCCGGUCAAGGAGCUGCUGUGCUCGGGCCARUGCCUCCCUUCCCAUCUCCUGCCCAACUCCAUCGGCAGAGGCAAGUGGUGGCGGCAGAACUCGCUGGAUUACCGCUGCAUCCCCGCUCACAGCCGCACCCAGCGCGUUUUGCUCGCCUGCCCCGAGCAGGAGACGCGGACUCACAAAUUGCGGGCGGUCACGGCGUGCAAAUGCAAGCGCUACACCCGCUACCACAACCAGUCCGAGCUCAAGGACUUCGGCAARGAAAGCACCCGGCCUCAAAAGAAUAAAAAACCCCACCUGGGCCGAGCCAGGAGCGGCAAAUCCAACCAGCACGAGUUAGAGAACGCGUACUAGGAGGUGGCGCUGGGUGACACGGACUAGCAGCUCGGGGUAUUUUGUAAAACCAUCCAAAAAAGGCACUCAGAGGCCGCAAAAUGAUGUUCUGAGCGCAGUAGGUUCCAAUUCCUUCUGCUAAGCUGGGUCAAAGGCUCACGUAGGCAAAAAAAAAAUUCAAUAAAAAAUCGAUCAGAUUGUAGCACUUAUGGUCUGAUAAGGGAGUGAGAUAAAGCGAGCUGGGGGUACACCUGGGAUUGGGGUGAGUUUGUGUGUCUGGCAUGAGAUGGGAGCAGAGGAUUGUUUUGGUGACAAUCAAGCUUUGCUAGGAAAUCAUUCCAACUCACUUGAUGUGAAAAGAACAUUGAGAUCCCUUUCCCAGGCAGGUGCCAGGGCGCAGGACAAGCCUGGCAUUGGGGAGGCACUGGAGGAGGUGGCACCUCUGAACGAGCCCUGGGAGCUCGGGGACAGCAGGGAUUUCAGCUCGUGGUGAAAGAAGUCAAAUUGUUGGGAAAUGAACGCAAUUUCAGGUGUCCUCAGGUGCCAGGUGUUUCCUCUCAAACACAGAAAUCAAAAUCUCACACUAGAGUUCUCAAAACAGAAGUGUGACAAAUCUGUUUCACACUUGUAAUUAAAAGAUKAUGGGGUCGACAGAUUCAAAACUGAGAUUUGGCAACUAAAACCAUAUUGAUUUAGGAACGAGGUUUUGUUUUAGGGACAGGUCAACAAGUCCUACCAAGUGGAGCAGAUUUAUGAAUYAAAUGCUCCUCUCAAACCAGAUAACCUCACUGAUGUUUGUCCUGUAAACAGCAGAAAUACACAKAUUUUAACAGAAAAUAUCCUGAUUGCUCCUUAUUUCCUAGCACACAUUUGACUUCAACAUCAGCUUUACCAUUUACAUUUCCUGUUCUGUAGAGUUUGGAUUAUUUGUCCCCACACUUUGCAGCACUAAAACAGUGCAAACCAAGCCCUGUGAGUAAGGUGGUGGUUCUGCAUUAAAAGUGAGCCUCUGCUAAGUCAUGAAUUCCUCUAGAAAAGUCUUUAGUGAAUGUAGUUUUGGUAAAUCUUUAGUUUGGCAGCGACUUUCCUUUACUUAGCUUCUCARUGUUUGUGUUUUUACAUUAAAGAUUAUUGUUAGAAAGUGAAUUGUCACGUGCUGUAUGCAUCCUGUAGGAUUCAUGCUGAAAUAAUAGAAACUGUGGAAAUUUGCAAUGUUGAUAGGUUUUUCAAUUGUUUUAUGUGGGACCAGAAYCUAGAGAGAAAAGGUAUCAUUUCAGAGAGUGAAUUAUGUAUUUAUUUUUUUUCCCAGAAGUUAUUUAUGCAAUGUUUUAACUUGUAGACAMUGAGAAGUAAUACUGCUUUAAAAAUAUUCGUCUGUUAUUUUUAAUUUUAUAUACGUUGUU